AUGACAAAUGCGAGCGAGGAAGCCUGGGAUGCGUUGAUGCCGCGCGGCCGUGGGUUUGUCGUCAUCAAGAAUGAGACGGUGCUUCCUCAGGUACCCAAGUUCAAUGCGACCAUUCGCGAGUACAGGGGAGUAAUAUCGGUCUUUCAUCAGUUGCAUUGCGUCUGGGCAACUCGGGAGGCCUUCUUUCGGUUGCUGCGCGAUGGCAAUUCGACCGAGAUAGACCUCGAACACCUGGGUCACUGCUGGGACUUCGUCAGGCAAGCCAUCCAGUGCCGCUCUGACACCACCAUUGAGUGGCAGGUGUCGGAUGAGCUCUCGGGAAGUCUGGGAUGGGGCUACCAGCAUCAGUGCUAUGAUUAUGACGCCCUGUAUGCCUGGGCUGAAGAGCACAGGUGGGGCGAUGACAAAAGUAUCCAGUAG